CCCCUAGUCUCGCUCACGCUCACGCUCACGCUCACCCAUACGCACAGCAGGACCAGGCGACCAGCAGCCGACUCUCACGUUCUCCACGCAGACGAUCCCUCAGUUUCACCACUUACCUUCUUCCUCCUCGAUCUCUCUCUCCCUCCCUUCUCGAUCUCUCAGACACUCAGAACCACGCCGCCGAUUUCAACGUUCUCCAGCUGGCCUUUGUUUAAUGGACAUAAAAAUCAACCACCGAUUUCAACGCUAUUUAUGCGACUAUAUUACAGUCUCAAACGGAAAGUGAAACAUAACGACAUUUUGCCCAGUUGAAGUAGCUCGUCAGCUUAGCAGCUUUUGUGCAAAAAUAUUAGCAUUCCAAACGCUAAAUCUGAAAGCCUUCUUCUUGUAUUAUUCCAUUUUGUGGACAGAAGGUUCUAAUACCUGACUGAACUUUGGGCUUCUAGCAGCGAAGAGUUUACCCAAAAGCAAUCAUGGAUGUCGAUUCACAACCAACUAUGGAGGAAACUAUAUUGGUCGGAGAUGAUCUGAUGAUGGGGCCACCAUCUCCUCUCGUCCCACCAGAAAUUGCAUCUCAUGUGCUUGAAGGUGUUGAUUUGUGUGAUGGGAUUUUGAGGAACCUAUUUCUCUGUUUGCAAAUCAAUGACAUUGAGCCUUUCUGUCAAGAUGAGCUUGUUUUAUAUCGUCAGUGUGCUGAAAAGAGGGAUAUGGAAAUCAGGAAACAGCUUCAAGAUAGUGAGCGUAAAUUGGGGUUAUCAAUGCCUUUAGAUGAAGCAAAGGAAAGAGUUUCUCAACUUGAAUCUGAAGUCACAUCACUGGAUAGGCGCCUGAUUCUUGCUAGUGGAGUUGAAGGCAUUGAAGGAUUUCGCCAGAGAUGGAGCUUGCAUGGUCGUCUUACUGAUACAACGCGAAGGUUGGAAUCUCUAAAGCAGGGUAUUGAGAACAGAAAGAAGGAUGUGAAUAAGGAUGAGUCAGCACCAAGUUCAACUACCAAAAGAUGGUUCUUCUGGUGACAUUUUUGCUGCAUUUGUAUCGGGCCAUUUUCUUGUAAACCCCAUCAGCAACCUUUGACGGUACAAUGCUAAUGAUCUCGAUACAGCCAAACAGGGCCAGAGUUGAAGUGAAUUUAUGUGUUACAAGCAUUUUCAAGGAGUGCUAUGAACACUCCAAAUUUGUAACCAGUAUGCUGUGAUACUAUGUAGGGCAUGAAUCUUUUAUUGCUGACUUAUGUCUGUGCAUGGACAAGGUCCACUGGUAGAGGUUGAUUCUAUAAUCAACAUGCUAUUUCACAGGCAAGAAGAGCUUGAUCACUUGCGUGAAAUAUACAAGGAUUAUGUGAAGUUCUCAUGAUUUUUGGACCGAAAAAAAGUGAAAUAAAAUUAUUUGCAGGUAUAUUUGUAUA